AUGGGAUCGCCCAACAAGGAGGCCAUCGAGGGGCCCCUCAAACAAGUAGCCACGGGGAGAUCCGCCGAUCAGGCGGCCUCGGACGAGUCCGUCCAUGAGGCGACCAAGCAGGCCGCCCCCGAGGACUCCCCCGGGGCAUCUUCCAAGCGGCCCACUGGGAAGCCCCUCGAGGGGUCCACCGAGGAGCCCACCAGGCCGACAGCCGCCAAGGAGCCCGCCAAGCAGCCCGCCAAACGCUCCGGCCUGAAAAUGCCGGCUCCCAAGCGCCGGCGGGCAGAUGCCGAUCCCCCCGAUGGCGCGGCCCCGGACGGGACCCCCCUCAUCCCGGCAGACCUCCCGGUCAUGCCCUUCGACUUGGCUGCCGGCGUGGAUCCGCAGUUUAGAUUCCUGCUCUUCGGGCCACCUCCAAGCCCAGGCGACACGGCUUCGCCAGCUCCACAUGGGGGGGCAUGGCGCUCCCCGCUCUUGACCGAGGCCGAGGCCGACUUUCUCUUCCGGCUGCGAUCGCGCACGCCCAGCGACUCGGCGCAUGCCGUCGGAUCGGGCUUCGUCGCGGCCGAGCAGUUCCCCGGCACCGCGGCCAUCGGCCUGGGCCACACGCGCCCGGUGGUUGCCAGCAGCCAAGUGGGCACAUUCGGCGUGCCGGAGGCCAGCCAGCCCGCCGUGGACCCUGUCCCGGCUGCUGACGCUGCGCCGAUCGGUGCACCUGCCUCGGCCGGCUCGACGAUCCCGGCACCCGGCCAGGAGAGUGAGAGCACGGUCGACUCGGUCCGGCACCUGGUCCAGCCCGGGCCCGUGCCUCCGGGCUUGCUGGUGGAUGGGGUGCCCGCCGGUGGGAUCAUUGAUUCGGCGGAUUUCGAUUGGUGGCGCCUACAGGCGGCCAUCAUCGAUGACCGAUCUACCGGGGCCUCCGACUCGCACCUGGGCCACAGCCUCCAGCGCCUGGGGGUACAGCUGGGCAUGGGGCCCGGGCGGGGCACAACCGGCGAGGGCGACCGGUCGCCGACGCUCUCGAGCGUGACGUCUUCGCCGGCGCUGCCACCGAGUGACGCGGCCAGGGACUCCGCCUCUGCCACGGGCGCAGGCUUGGCGGCGAGUCCCGACAUCGACACCGGCACCGGCACCGGCACUGACACCGGCCCGGCUCCUCUUCAUAAUGCCAACCCGCAGUCGGCCCCAGGUGCCGAGCCGAUGAUCGAUGUCGACGCGCAAAUCAGCGCCGUCACUCGCUCGCAGGUAAAGCGCCUGCUGUUGCGGGAUUUGAAGGCCCGUCGAAUGCUUGCCCGCGAUGCGGCCCUUUGGCACCUUUACGGACGAACAGCCGCCUGGCUCGACGCCGCCACAAAGCCCGGGCCUUCCGCCUUUGGAGCCGACACCGCGGCAGUGGCGGCCCCACCGCCGGACCCCGCCCAAGAACCGGCCCCCCAGGCCACGGAGGAGCCAGCGGCUCCCCAUCGUGAACCGGUCCUGCUGUGCGCGCCGCGGCCCGAUCCAACCCGCCGCCAUGGUCGAGCUGGACCGGCGGCUCGGGCAGUUGUGCCGCCCCCGGCUCCUGGAGUUGACACGACCCUGACGCCGUAG